ACAGCUGAUGAGCUCAUUCUCCGGUUGCGCGGACCCAGCAGACGCCUGCACAAACCUCUCACACGCACCAGCGGAGCGCGCGGACACCUAUCACUCACCUGUCCUCCUCGGCUGUUGGGAAGCCAGACAGGUGACCUGCCAACAUGUUUAAGAGAAAGAGUAAAUCCACCGCUAUCACUCAACCAAAACCCGCCGCAGCCGCCACUUCCUCCUCUGAGCUGGGUGCUCUCAUCGAGAAGCUGCAGAAGAAUGCUGAUAAAGUGGAGAAGAACAUCUAUGAUAUCGAGCAGAACCUGAACAAGGACGUGAGUAAGAUCAACGAAGGGAAGCAACCUCUGUAUCAAGAUGACACCAACAAGAGGAUCCUCAAUUCUAUGGAGCUGCUUAACGGCCUGGACGAGGACGCCAUCGAAGCCAAGCGCCUCCACCAUCCCCAGGCGGAGAUGAUAGAGCACGACAUGAGGCAGCUGCGUGAGCGGGUGACAAAGCUAAGGGAGGACCAUGAUCGUAUCUACCACCUGCUGCGUACCGAAGGGAAGCCCAGCAUCAACUGGGGCAACAUGAUGGAUGAGAAGAUGGACAACCUGCAGAACAAGGGCUUUGGUCUGGACCUGCCAUCGGUGGAGAAUGAGGUGGAGGAGCACAACAUCUUCCACAGCGAGGUGGAGGCUCUGGCUCCUCACAUCUCCACCGGCUCAGACAAGGAAUACAUCAGCAGCCUCCAGAUGAAGUACAACAAACUGCUGGCCAGCUCCAGUGCUCGCCAGCGUGACCUGCUCAGCCUCAGGGAUUACAUGCAGCGCUGCACCAACGAGCUGUACUGGAUGGACCAGCAGGCGGAGGAGAGGAUCAGCUAUGACUGGAGCGACACCAACCUGGACUAUCCUGCCCGCCAGAGGCAGUAUGAGAACUUUAUGAGUAAAUGUCUGGAGUCUAAAGAGAGCACCAUCAACAAGCUGAAUGAGGAUGGAGAUAAACUGGUUGCAGCUGAGCAUCCAGGGAAGAACGUCAUCGAGGCUCAUAUGGACGCGGUCAACGCCGACUGGAAGGAGUACCUGAACCUGCUCAUCUGUGAGGAAACCCACCUGAGACACAUGAAUGAAUAUCAUAAGUACCACAAGGAGGCCCGCGACACUCAGGACCUGCUGAAGCGGCUGGAUGCGGAGGUCAACCAGAAGUACAACCCAGAGUUCAAGGAUGUCUAUCAAAUGGAGGGACUGAUCUCGGAGCUUGAUGACCAAGCUAAAGCUGUGGACCGCUUUGAAGAACGUGUGAAGGGUCUACAGAAGAGAAGCCUGCAGGUUUUACCUCUGAAGUACCGAAGAGAGACGCCCCAGAAGCUGCUGCCCAUCGAAGCUCUGUGUGAUUUCGAGACAGAUGAGGGACAGAUUUGGCGUGGGGAAACGUACACUCUGCUCCGAAACAAUGGUGCAAAAUGGGAUGUGAAGAAUGCGGCUGGACAUAAACUCACCAUCCCGGCUGUUUGCUUCAUGAUGCCCCCCACAGACCCAGAGGCAGUUACCAUCUCUGACAACCUGGCCAGCCAGCAGAAAGCCAUCAAACAGAAGAUGACAAGCAGCAAGGUGACUCUCCAGAAACGCCUGGAUGAGCUGAAGAGGGACGGUGGAGCUGCCACUGCUACAGACAAACAGGAACAGCAGUGCCGCCAGCUGAUGGCUGGUCUGGAUAAGGUCGUCACUGACCUGGACAAACAAGAAAAGGCCAUUUAUGCUCGAGUGCGUCCCCCACUGGAGCAGAACCGGCCUCUGCAGGACAGCGCUGACCGCCUGCAGAACAUGAAAGAUAUUGCUGCAGCUGUCAGCAGGAUUGAACCAGAGAAGUCCUCCAAAGUUCAGGAGGCAAAGAGCUUCUUGGUCUCAAACCCCAGCUCAGCCAGCGCACCUCAGCUUCACAGCAAAGUGGAUGAAGCCAACAAGAAAUACACCAAGAUUGAGCAGCUUCUUAAGUGCUCUCAGGAGAAGCUGAAGAACUCCAACCAGCUGGAGACGUCUCUUCAAAAUGGAAAAACUCUGCUUUCCACCUACGAGAACAAGCUGGCCAGGGAGGAGGUUGCUCCAGCUGACGUCACCUCGUUGGAGAAGACUCAGCGGGAACUUGCAGACAUUGGAUCAGAUCUGAGGUCCCAGAGGUCGGUGAUAGUUGAGACGGAGCAGAACCUGCGCUCGGCCAAAAACAGCUGCGAUAACAUGGCCAACAAAUUUCAGGAACACUGUCCUGACAUAGAGCGACAGGAAGCUGAGGUCCAGAAGCUCAACAAGCGCUUCAACAACCUGAACCGGCAGAUCGACUCCAGGUCUCAGAGCCUGCAGAGAGCCAAAAUGGCAUACAACAACUACCACAAGGACUACGACAACCUGAACAGCUGGCUGUCUCGUGUCCCCAACUAUGAGCCCCGGGAAACGGAUGACGUGAGGCAAGUGGAGACCAAGCUGAAGAACCAGAGGAACCUGCUUUCUGACAUCGCAAGGAAGGAAUCUGACCUAAACAGCGUCUCCAAAAACGCCCAGCUUUACCAACAAGCUGUCAAAGACUACGAGUCGGAAACUGAGAAGUUCAGGUCCAUUCUAGAUCUGGAGGAUGGACUUGUUCCUCAGACGUACAAGAGGAGCAGACUGGAAUCACCGGCACUGGCGGUCAAGGCAGAGGAAGCUGCUAUUGAGGCGAAGUUUACUGAGGUGAACGCCGUUAAUAAGCAGCGACUGCAGAAUCUGGAGUUUGCCCAAAGUCUCCUCAACCAGCAACCUGAGAUCCCCAUGAUCCAGGCUACCACCGUCAAGUCAGUCAAUGCUGCUGCCCCUGGAGAGGAGCCCUGGAGAAUCAAGAAGCAGCUGGAAGAAGAGAUCCAGAGGAGGGAGCAGCUAGAGAAAGAAAUUCAGAGCAUCCAAACCGAAAUUUAUUCUCUGGAAGGACAGAAGCCCCAAGAUACAAUUGUCAAGAAGGAACUGAUUAAAAAGGUUCCCGACCCCCAGUUGGACGAGGAAGUCCACAAGGUCCAGCAGAAGCUGUCUGAGGAGCGGCGCUCCACCCACGUCCUGGAGAACGACCUGGAAGUGCUGAAGCUGAAGCUGCGUGGCCUGGAGACCGAGCUGAAAGAAGGAGCCCAGCAGUACACGGUGAAGGAGGUGCUGCGUAUAGAGAGAGACCGCGGCCAGGAGGAGGAGAUCCGCAAGCUUCGGGAUGAGCUGGAAGAGCUGAGGAGGCAGAAGAUGAUGAAGGACAACCAGCUGAUCCAGAUACAAAAGCAGGUGACUCUUCUGGCUGAGGAGAAGAACAAAGAGCAAGAGGUGAUCACAGAAGAGGAGGUGAUCAAAGUCCAGAACGACCCCCAGCUGGAAGCAGAGUACAGGGUCCUCCUCGACCGCAAACAGAAAGAAAUGGAAGGUAGGAAGCAGCUGGAGGAUGAGCUGCAGUUUCUUCAGGACAAACUCCGGAGGCUGGAGAAGGAGAAGGCCAUGGCAGAGGAGAAGAUUUCCAUCAAGGAGGUGCUGAAGGUGGAGAAAGAUGUUGCCUUUGAAAGAGAAGUAGAAAACCUCAGAAGGCAGUAUGAGGAUGAGAAGGCCCGGCGACGAUCCUCUCAGCGAGAGAAGGCCGACCUCCAGAGGAAAAUCUCAAGCCUAGAGGAGGAGAAGUCCAAGGUCCUGAUCCAGGAGAAGGUUCGGGAGAUUGUCCGCCCUGAUCCCAAGGCUGAGAACGAAGUGGCCAACCUCCGUCUGGAGCUGGUUGAACAUCAGAGGCGCUACAGAGACGCAGAGCUCCAACUGAAAUCCCUGCAGGAUGAGCUGGUGAUGCUCAGGAACAGAGGACCUCAGGUGGAGGUCAAAGAGAUCAUCAAAGAAGUCAUUAAAUACAAGACGGAUCCGCAGACCGAGCGAGAGCUGGAAAGACUUCGCAAUGAAAUCGUCGAUAAAACCCACCAGACAGAGAAGUCGGAGAUGGAAAUCCGUCAGCUUCGGGAUGAAAUUGACAGAUGGAAGGAGACUAAACCCCAAGUUCAGACUAAAGAGGUGGUCAAUGAGGUGAUGCAGUACAGAGAAGAUCCCAAGACCAAGGAGGAGGUGGAGACUCUGAAAAAGAAGCUGGCGGACGAACAGAAGAAACGUCUGGAUCUUGAAAGAGAACGGUCAGCCCAGGAGGAGAAGAUCAGACUCCGGAAGAUGGAUCUGUCUCAGAUACGAGAGAAGGUCAUACAGCAAGAAGUAGUCAAGAUGGAAAUAGAUCCUCUCCUCAAGUCUGAGUGCGACACCUUCUCACAAAACAUCAGCAACGAGCAAAAGCAGAAGGAGAACCUGAAGGCGGAGCUGUACCGGCUACAGAGACAAAUCGCAGAGCUGGACCUGCAGCUGGAGGAGCUGGAGCGCGAGCGCAGGGCCCGCCGCGAUGCCGAGCUAGAGAUCCAGAGACUCCGGGUCAGACUUCACGAGCUGGAGAUCCGGGACAAAGAGAACCGGGAGAAGGUGACUGUCAAACAGAAGGUGGUGCUGCAGCAGGACCCUCAGCAGGAGAAGGAGCACUCCAUCCUCAGACUGCAGCUGGACGAGGAGCGCCACAAACGGACCCUCCUGGAGAAGGAGCUGAACGUCCUCAUCCAGAGGCAGCUCACACUGGAGAAGAUGGAGGUGAAGGAAAGAGUCGUGCGCACAGAGAAGGUCCAAGUUGAGAGGGACCCGGAGGCCGAGAUCGAGAUCGAGAACCUGAAGAGAACCUUAGAAAAUGAGAAAAGAAGAAAGCGCGAACUGGAGGUGGAGCUGUCCUCCAUCACUUCUAAGCUAUCAGACAUGGAGUUCUCCAACACCAAGUCUACUAAAGAGCUGGACUACAUCCGAGAGGAGAGCAACCGUCAGCAGCUCGAAAACCAAAGGUUGCAGAACGAGAUCCGCAAGCUUCGCUCUGAGAUUGAGAUCACCAGCAAGGAGACUCGCCUCAUCACCGAGACCUCGCCCAGGGAGGAUGGGAAGAACCUGGAGCUGAGGCUGGACUCGCUGCAGAAGGAACUCACCGAGCUCAGAGGCAUCACGGCCCAGAAGGAGGAGGAGAUCCAGAAGCUCCAGAAGAGCCUGGCAGCAGUGAGGAUGAAGAGAGAGCAACGGGAGAGCCACCUCCGCAGAUCCAUCGUCGUCAUUGACCCGGACACGGGCAAAGAGAUGCGGCCCGAGGAGGCAUACAAGCAAGGCCUGAUCGACUGGAAGAUGUUUGUCAACCUGCAGAGCCAGGAGUGCGACUGGGAGGAGAUCACGGUCAAAGGCCCUGGGGGAGAAUCCUCUGUACUUCACGACAGAAAGUCUGGGAAGAAGUUCUCCAUCGAUGACGCGCUGCGUUUCGGGCACAUCACGCAGCGCCAGCUUCAGCAGUACAACAACAAAGAAAUCUCCAUCCAGGAGUUUGGUGCCAUGGUGUCGGGCAAGAAGUCCACUCUCUAAGUGUCAUGUUUCCUCUGUCGCUCUGAAGGAUUUCAUCCAGACUAAAAGUCCUUCAGCUCCUCCUUAGAUUCUCCUUAUGGCUUUAUUUAGUAUUUUAUCUGUGGUUCCUGAAUGCAGCAUGUUUCUCUUGGCUGUUUUGUGGUACUGGCAUUAAUAAAUGGCUACGUUAAACCACCUUCCUAACACUGGAUGCUGGAGUAAAAACUUCCACAGGGGCUUUCAUUCUUUAACUAUGUACCAGGGCUGAUGUAUGAAUUCAGAUUUAUAAAUGGGCUUAAUGUUUGGUUUGUUAUCUCAGAGAAUGUUAAUAAAAACCUGAUUAAACUGAAA